AUGAGAGUUGAUUUAAGUUCACUACCUAUUGACCCAGCAGAACGACCAAGUAUGGAAUAUUAUCAUGUGAAUCAAAGAGAUGAAAUUAGAAGAGCAUACUUGCAAAAAGGACCUUUCCAACCUCAAAACUAUAAGUUUCCACAAAGUGCUUUUGGAGGUAAACAACGAAGAUUCAAUAUAUCUUGGUUUGAUGACAAUAAAUAUUGGUUAGAAUAUAGUAUAAAAGAGAAUGCCGCAUUUUGUUUAUGUUGUUAUCUGUUUAAAUCCGAUAUACCAAACCAAGGUGGAUCAGAUCAUUUUGUGAAAUGUGGUUUUAAAGCUUGGAAUAGGAAAUCAGGACUAGAUGAUCAUAGAGCUGGAAAUCCACAUAUUAUUGCUGUCCAAAAGUGUCAAAAUUUGAUGAACCAAAGGCAAUCCAUAACUACUGCUUUUGAGAAACAAACCACUUUGCAAGAAAAAGAAUAUUGUAUUCGUUUGAAUGCUUCAAUUGAUUGUGUUAGAUUCUUAUUACGUCAAGGAUUGGCAUUUCGUGGUCAUGACGAGACGGACGACUCGGAUAAUAAAGGUAACUUUCUUGAACUUUUACAAUGGUUAGCUGAUCGAUGUGAUGUGGUAGAUCGUGUUGUGUUAAAGAAUGCUCCAAAAAAUACCCAACUGAAAUGCAGUGAUAUCCAGAAAGAUAUCGUGCAUGCAUGUUCAGAUGCAACAAUAAAUGUUAUUAUGGAAGAUCUUGGAAAAGAUUUUUUUGCAAUUUUCGUAGACGAGUCACGUGAUAUUUCUUGUAAAGAACAAUUGGCAUUAGUAUUGAGGUUUGUAAAUAAAAAGGGGGAAGUUGUAGAAAGGUUUAUUGGCCUUAGACAUGUCAGUGACACUUCAGCUUUGACACUAAAGGCAACCAUUUAUGAUAUGCUCUCAAAAUGGAAUUUAAGUAAUACUAGCAUUAGAGGGCAAGGCUAUGAUGGUGCUAGUAACAUGAGUGGUGCAUUUAAUGGAUUGAAGACUUUGAUUAUGAAUGAAGCAAAAUUUGCAUACUUUAUUCAUUGUUUUGCUCACCAAUUACAGUUAGCCCUAGUGUUUGUUGCAAAAAAUCACACGAAGGUUAAUGAUUUCUUUGACGCGGUUUCUCGACUAUUAAACAUUAUUGGAUCUUCCUACAAGCGACGAGAUAAUUUAAGAAUAAAACAAGCGAAUAAAGUUAUGGAAGCAUUGGUUAAAGGUGAGCUUGAGAGUGGUACCGGUUUGAACCAAGAAGUGGGUAUCAAACGACCAUCUGAUACUCGAUGGGGUUCUCAUUUUUCAUCUUUAUUGAAUAUCAAGAACAUAUAUUCUUCCAUUUGUGAAGUACUUGAAGACCUUGGUAGAGAUAAUAGUGAUCGUGAUCGUAAAGCUGAAGCAAUUCGCAUCUUAAGGUUAUUAAAAUCCUUUGAUUUUGUGUUUUGUCUACACUUGAUGGUUGAUAUCUUGGGAGUCACAAAUCAUUUAAAUACAACAUUACAAAGAAAAGACCAAGAUAUCGUAAAUGUCAUGAAUCAAGUAAGUAGCUCUAAAAGAGCAAUUCAAGAAAUCAGAGAUGUAGGAUGGGAACCACUUUUAGGGAAUGUUACUUUGUUUUGCGAUAAACAUGAUGUUAGAAUUGUGGAUAUGGAAGAUGAAUAG